UUCAGAAAGAAAAAAAAAAAAAAAAGAGAACUAAAAGAUCCCAUUGUUGUUAUCCUCACAGUAAAUGCUUUUGCUUGAGAGAGGUUCUGUUAGAGGUUUUUUGUUUGCUUCUGUUUCCUUCUGUCACCCAGAAAACAAAAAAGCAAAUUCAAGAAGAGAGAGAGAUAGCACUAAAACCAUUGUUAUAGAAGAGAAAGCUUUUCUUUCUUGUUGCUUAUGGUGAAAGAAUGAAAGAGAGAGAGGAGAAGUAAGAAGCUGAGAAAGUGUUUAGAGCUUUGCAUGUUCCUUUCUCGCCAAGUUUAUAUCUUCAUCAUAAAGUCUCAACCUUUGAUUCUGUUUUUUCUUCUUAUCCAUUUAUCCUCUUUCUUUCUUUCUCUCUCCUCAUAAUUCUAGCCACAAUCUUUUUAGGGUUUCACUUAAAAAGAGUCUUUCUUCAACUACUGUAAAUGCAAAAUGGAUCGAAGAGAUGCAAUGGGAUUAUCCGGGUCGGGUUCUUACUAUAUCCAUAGAGGAUUAUCCGGGUCGGGUCCUCCAACGUUUCAUGGAUCAUCACAGCAGCAAGGGCUUCGUCACUUACCUAAUCAAAACUCUCCAUUCGGGCCAGGCUCCACUGGUUUCGGAUCUCCUUCUCCGGCAACAACGGCCGGAGGAGCCGGAGCUCUUCCUCAUCAUAUCGGCGUUAAUAUGAUUGCUCCUCCUCCACCUCCUAGUGAAACUCCGAUGAAACGAAAGAGAGGACGUCCUAGAAAAUACGGACAAGACGGUCCUGUUUCUUUGGCACUGUCGUCUUCCCCUGUUUCGACAAUUACUCCCAACAACUCUAACAAACGCGGCCGUGGUCGACCUCCGGGUUCCGGCAAGAAACAGAGAAUGGCUUCCAUUGGUGAAUUGAUGCCUUCAUCUUCUGGAAUGAGCUUCACGCCACACGUCAUCGCGGUUUCAAUAGGAGAAGAUAUUGCAUCAAAGGUUAUAUCUUUCUCUCAACAAGGUCCAAGAGCCAUUUGCGUUUUAUCUGCAAGUGGUGCAGUCUCUACUGCAACACUUCUUCAACCAUCAGCUCCCGGAGCUAUUAAAUACGAGGGCCGGUUUGAAAUCCUAGCGUUAUCAACAUCUUAUCUAGUGGCAACUGAUGGAAGCUUCCGUAAUCGAACUGGAAACUUAUCGGUUUCGCUUGCUAGCCCCGAUGGGCGUGUGAUUGGCGGUGCCAUUGGUGGGCCUUUAAUAGCAGCAAGUCCUGUUCAGGUUAUAAUAGGGAGCUUUAUAUGGGCAGCUCCAAAGAUCAAGAGCAAGAAACGAGAAGAAGAAGCUUCUGAAGUUGUUCAAGACACUGAUGAUCAUCACGUUCUGGACAAUAAUAACAACACGAUUUCGCCUGUCCCUCAGCAGCAGCCAAGCCAAAACCUGAUAUGGUCAACAGGUUCAAGGCAAAUGGAUAUGCGUCAUGCUCAUGCUGAUAUUGAUUUAAUGCGCGGUUGAUGAUGAUGAUGAUAGCGGGAAAGAACUCUGUGUAUAUAAAGCAUGGAAUCUAGGAAGAAGAAGAAGGAAUAUAAGCUAACCUCUGAACAAAAGUAUGUGGAAAUGGUAGGGAAAAAGAUUGACUCUAUUAGUGAACCUCUCAAAUCUAUAAGCUUAUUUGGUUUUGUUGUUUUUGUGACUCUGAAGAUUUGCAGAGUUCCUUGAUUUCUCUAUUUCAGAUUUCAGUA